GCCAUACGCACACACUCAUAGCGUCCGCACGUACACACAUACACACACUUACUGCUCCACAACUGGCAGAAAGAAAAAAAAAAAAAGAAAAAAAACCUCAGACAUGGAUGACCCACUCACAAAAUGGCUCCACUUACACAGUAACACCAGCAAGACGGCUGCACGGCUUGCAAGGACCACAAAUGUUUAUAUCUUAUAGCUUGCUGUGACUUCCGACUAAUCCUCUGAUGAUGAAUUAAUCGAGGGAAAUCUCAGGUAGGACAUAGUGGGACUCUAACGAGUGGUUAAAAAUGAUGGAAAAAAGGCAGCAGGAGCUUUGUCCUGGAAGCCCUGACGCAGGGUCCGGUCCUGGAAAGUGGGAAGACUCCGCCAUCAUCUCCAGACAGAACGGAUACAAGGAGGACGAGGAGCAACGGAAAGAGGAGGGGGGAGAAGAGGAGGAGGAUGAGGAGGAGGAGGAGGAGGAGGAGAGGGGGGGAGGGACCUUCAAAGGGGUUGAGAAGACGGAUGACGUUCCUCUGCAGAACUCGAGCAACGGGACCAGCAUCAUCAUUAACGGCGUUGCCAAGGAAACUGCCUCUCACAACGCCCUUGACCUGAAAAGGGAAGUGCCGGUGAUCGAGCUCUCCAGGAGGGACGCUAUAAAAGCGUUGGAGCAGAGGACCGAGAGCCAUUUGGUGCCGAUCACGGAACUUCGCCGACCUCCACCGCUGCCGCUGCCGCUGCCGCAAAGAGACGACGCUCGAAUGGUCCAACUGAGCCCAAACGCGUUUCCUGUCCCGGCCCGGGCGAUGCUCUACAACCUGGCACAGCCUCUUGCCGCCAUCAACAGUCUUGGAGGGGAGUCGGAGCAGUACAGCAUGUAUCCCAGCAACAGGGUAAAGCGCCGCCCGGCGCCUUAUGAGGUUGAACUCGACGAGGGUAGGCGCAUUUUAGAUCUUUAUAAGUAUGCUGGCCAGCCGAAGAUUGUGCGGCGCAUCUUCACAAACAGUCGCGAACGUUGGCGGCAGCAGAAUGUAAAUGGUGCAUUUGCAGAGCUUCGUAAACUCAUCCCCACUCACCCUCCAGACAAGAAGCUGAGCAAAAAUGAAAUCUUGCGGCUUGCUAUGAAGUACAUUAGCUUCCUCUCCAACCUCCUGGAGGAUCAGGAUGGAGGGAGAAAUGUUGGCAACACAACUGAUGGGGACACAGGACUGUUGGUUGGCGUUACAGCCCAUGACGGGGGCCCUCAGGGGGCUCCACACCAGGAGACUGUGGUAAGCUUGGCAAGGGAUGAUCUUCUGGAGACAAUGUCUCCCGGUUCCAGCUGUGGAAGCUUACCUGAUGGCGAUGCUGAAGGGAGUCCUGAGAGCUUCAUGGAGGACCAGGAUUCACCUCCAGCUCCUCGGACUCUAAAUGCUUCACGUGGGCCCCCGCUGCAUCUAGCUGCUAGGGAUCUGAGGCGCAAUGGACGCCAAAUAGAUGGUUCCAGUCGCCGAUGAUGAUGCCAGGAGAACAGGAAUACAACAUCUAAUAAUGUUAAGGAGCAGGGGGCUAAUAUUGAGAUGGAUAUCCUCAAAACACUGUUAUUUCUGAGUCAUCAGUGUAGGAAGGCAAUUCAAGCCACAUACAGAGAGAACGGGGUGUCUACAAUGGAUCCUGAGUCCGCCCCUUUCUCCAAUACUGGUUGAAUUGAUCCUUCAAAAGACUUGUAAAUUCUGCAUGUCUCUUGUCUUUGACUGACCUGCAGAUCAUCACUUUUUAAGUUUUGAAAAUUCCAAAGACAUUCUAAAAAAAGAAAAGAAAAUGAAAGUGAAGAAGCAAAAUUCAACAAAGAUCCUUUAUGAGACAUUUUGCUCAAAGAUUUUUUUAUUGACGUGUAAUAUUGUGGAUCAAUGCCUCAUAUUUGAUUGCAAAAUAGUGCAGCAAGAAUACAUCCACCUAUCCUUCAGAGUGCUGCAAGAUAAUGAAUCAAAAAUGCCAAUAAAUAAACUUGUAGAAUUAUGCCCAACAAUUUUGAAACCUUAAAAAAGAAAAAAAAAAAAAAAAAAAAAGGGAAAAUUUGCUUGAGGUGGUAAA